AUGGCAGCAGCGAAGCGAAAGAGUCAGGAGGAAAAAAAACGUCUGAGUUCACUCUUUCAUGCCUAUGAUGUGGAUAAUUCUGGACGGAUUGAGAAAACUAAAUUCUUCACCAUUUGCCAAGAACUCCAUGCCUCGUCUCAAGAAGCAGAAGGCAUUUUCAAUCGCCUGGACAUCGACAAAGACGGCACUGUGACCUUAGAGGAGUUCAUUAGUGGCUUCAAAGAACAGCAACAUGAGGAAGAAGAAAAAGACAUGGACUCCUUGGCUGAAGAUGAGUUCUCAAACAGCAAAGGACAGGUCAUAUCCAGCAGACCACAGCCCCCUAUCAAGGGUAUGAGCGCAGAGGAGCAGGACCGGCUGCGGUCCCUCUUUCACGCCUAUGAUAUCGACAACUCUGGCCGGAUCGAGAGGAACGAGUUUCUCACCAUAUGCGCGGAGCUACAGGUGUCAGCAGCCGAGGCGGACGGAAUAUUUGAUCAGCUGGACGUCGACAAGGACGGAACUGUCACCUUAAAGGAGUUCAUCAGCGGAUUUGACGACCGCUACGAGGCGGACAUGGAGUCGGAAGGAGGCGACGCGUCCGCUGCCUGGGAAGACUUCGAGAGUAGACUGGGCGAGCAGGCCAAGUUCAUCCCCAGGCAUGAGCAAGCAGCAACACUGUACCAGAACAUCAGUCUGACUGAGCCCAGACUGAUUUCUCAGUUUGAGAAAGUCAUCCUUAACUUCACCAAAGAGAUCAAACAGCAGAACUCAGAGAUGGAGAACCUGGCACUUGCCAUCAAACGAGCGCAGGACCAAGCAUCAAUGCAGCUCAGUGAAAUGGAGGAGGAAAUGGACCAACGUAUUCAAGCCACGGAGAGAAAGACACGUGAGCAGGAGAAAAAGCGAUCAGAGGCUGCGCUGAGUGAAUUACGAAGGAGUUAUGAAAAUGAAGUGUGUGAGCUGCAGUGUAAGAUCCAGAGGAUGCAGAUGAUAGAGGAGAAGUACAAGAACAUCACAGUGAAAGAUGAGAGCCCAGCUUUGAAGAAGAAGGUCAAUGAGCUAACAUUGGAGAACCAGCGGUUGAAGCAGGAGCUGCUGAAGUCUCAGACCAAAGUUGCCUGUCUGCAGAGUGAGAUGGACUCGCUGAAGACCGAACUAACUGAUCAAAGCAUCAACUCUGAGCGAGACGAGGAGCUCAUGAAACACUUCUCUGAUGAGCGAGACAUCCUGGAGAGUCAGAUUGAGAUUCUACAGACAGCCAACAGGAAACUCCAUGACAGCAACGACGGCCUGAGAGCAGCUCUGGAGAGAAUAACAAGGUCUAGUGGAGGAUCACCAGGAGAACUGAAGGAAAGAAGCAGAAGUAAAAGCAUCUGCUACACAUCACCAUAUGCAUUAUUAGACAGGUACUGCCAGCGCAUGGAUGAGCACCCUCUGUACAGCCGCCAGCCCAGCUGUGACACCCUGGCCUUGGCCAUGUGUGACCCUGGCCUGAGGCGCAGGCACAGCAGCGAGUGCGAGGAGGACAGCCUGCCCGAGAUCUACAUGGACAGCGGUCUGUCGACGCUCAGAGGCUCACAUGGAGGCUAUGACUCAGAGCAUGAAGUCAAAGGUCAAGAAGAAGAGGAGGAGAAUUACAGGCGGGAGAAGAAAAAAGGGGAGGAUGACAACAACGAUAGUGUGAUGGGAGAAUUCUCCGACACUGAGCCAGCAGAAACACAGGAUGGGGAAUCAGCAUUUGGGUCAGACAGCAGCUCAGUUUUGGACUGGAAGCCUUCUGAAUCACUUGGUGUCAGCACAGCCCCUGCUCCAACAACGAGAAAGGCCCUGAGUGCCAUCAGUGUUCAGAAGGAGGACAAGGACAGCACUGACCUGGGCUACAUGACGUCAGAAAAGGCUUACAGGAUCGUGUUAGCUGGGGAUGCAGCUGUGGGGAAAUCCAGCUUCCUGCUUCGCCUCUGCAAGAAUGAAUUCAAAAUGAACUCCAGUGCAACUCUGGGAGUGGAUUUCCAGAUGAAAACUCUAAUCGUGGACGGAGAGCCCGUUCUACUACAACUCUGGGACACCGCAGGACAGGAGAGGUUUCGCAGUAUUGCAAAGUCUUAUUUCCGCCGGGCAGACGGCGUUUUGUUGCUGUAUGACGUCACCUGUGAAAAGAGCUUCCUUAAUGUCAGAGAGUGGGUGGAUAUGAUUGAGGACGUAUCCCAUGAGGACAUUCCCAUCAUGCUUGUGGGUAAUAAGUGUGAUCUUAGACAAGAUGGAGUUAACUGUGUCCCUACCAGCUAUGGGGAAAAACUGGCCAUGACAUACAACACUUUGUUUUGUGAAACUAGUGCCAAAGAUGGAUCCAACAUCCUGGAGGCUGUGCUGCACCUGGCCAGGCAGGUAACAAGGCAGGCUACCUAUGAGGAAAAAAGUAGUCAUCAGUUGCUGCCCAUGCUAGAUGCUCCCAGGAAUAAACCAACAUUCGCCUGCUGCACCUGAUCAAACUCAUCAGAGCUGAACCUCCACACUGGACUUAAUGUGAACUGUGCACAUGUGAAAGACAUGAGGAAAAUGAGUGCAGAACAGGAACAAAUCAUCAGUGUGAAUAAUUAGAGCUGGAUUAAGUGGAUAAAGUAAAGAAAUGGAGAGACAGGAAGUUACAAAAAGAUUAUUCCGAUAAUUUUUAUUCAAGGAAUUUUCAGCAUUUUUAUUUAAGGAUUUUUCAACCACUAAAUUUGUCACUGAAUAUCAGCAUAAAUCUCUUGCCAUGUCAAAGUUUUCAUUAUGUUAUAUUCUCUGCAGAACUACCCUUGACUUAUUCUGUUUGGUGUGAUUUUAAACCGUUGGACAAGUAGCAGGAUAAAGCAGGCGAAACAUGAGAAGGAAAGGCUAGCUGUGAAAAGUACUCAUAAUGUGAGGUUUAAAACUGAAGCCAAGUAUAUGAGUAUGGCUGUGAUAUUUGUAUGUUGACAAAUACUUGCACAUGAUGGAAAACAGAAAGUUCGUUUUGUGUAAGUUUAUGAGAAAGUACAGAUCCUAAUAUAUAGUGCAGAGAAAAAGUAUUUGCCCCCUUUGUCACACUUAAAUGUUUCAGAUCAUAAUAGUAGACAAAGAUGACCUCAGUCAAUACGAAAUGCAGGUUUUAAAUGAUGAUUUCAUUAAUUAAUUCAAUUCAGUUUUAUUUAUAAAGCGCCAAAUUAC